AUUAUUUCCAAGUAGCGGCCAACUAACCGGAGAAACGACUUCAGAUUACACGACAAAGAGGAUCGAGGGAAUGACGGGAAGGUCCAGCGCGAAACGGACGGGCUUGUGUCUGCUGGCACUGUUGUUGUUCUGCCUCGCCAACGACAACGUACGCGUCGUUGGGGAUCCGAUCCGAAUACCGCCGGAGUUGGUCUACAGGGACGCGUUCAUCAACAACCCCGAGGAUCUCAUUCUGCUGGACAAGCUGAAACGGGUAAACGAGGAGAAGAAGAACAUAGAGGAACGGGAAAAGGAGCUAGUCGACAUGCAAGUGAUGAUCCAGUCGGUGCUGGAAGCCAGGGCGAAGGACAAAGCGAGAGCUCAACCGAGCGACUACUCAGCGGAGGAGCUUCCGACACCGAACGCGGUCGUUAGUCAGGCGCAGCGUUCCGGGAAACGCACCGCCCUGAGCUAUAUGACCCUGUGCCACUUCAAGAUCUGCAACAUGGGACGCAAACGGCAGCUGCACAAGUAAACCGAACCGAGCGUAACCAAGAUCGUUCGCCGCGGACGACGGCGGCCACGUGUGCGAAAAAUUCUGGAGCCUCGUCCCGGCGUGAUGUGCACCCUCUGCCCUCGAGAGGAACACAACGAUAACACAACAACCAAGCGAAAUUCGCGCGUGAAAGCC